AUGACACCCUUAGAAGCUUUGUUUGGAAAGAAAUGUAUGACACCCUUGCAUUGGUAUAAAGUAGGGGAGAGAAUUGUUAUUGGGCAAGAAAUAGUGACCAACACAGUGGCACUAAUAAGAAAGAUCAGAGAAAGGUUGCUAACAACUCAUAGUAGACAGAAGAGCUAUGCUGACAAGAAGCGUCGUGAUCUAAAGUUUGAUAAAGGUGACCAUGUUUUACUUAAGGUAUCUCCUUGUAAAGGGAUUAUCAAAUUUGGGGAAAAAGUUUACAAUGUCUUCCAUGUAUCUAACUUGAGGAAAUACAUUCUAAAUCUGACACAUAUCAUCCAACACGAAGAUGUGCAGUGGACACCCGACUUGGCCUAUAAAGAAUUUCUAACACAGAUUAUUGCUAGACAAAUCAAGAAGUUGAGGAAUAAGGAGAUCAACAUGGUUAAGGUGCUAUGGAAUAAUCAUUCAGUCGAAGAGGGCAGCUUGGGAAGUUGA